UUUUUAUUGAACCACUAUAAAUAUUGAAGAGUUCCAGCUCGCCGUCAACAAUGGCGUGUCUGCGCGCAAGCCCAAACCCUCCGGUAAUCACCCCACCGGAAUCCAAAUACACAUGCAAAUACCUUCCCAUUCACACUAUCGCCACUAGUUUCUCGAAGCAGCUUAGGUUCUCAAUUAGCGGCGCAUCAAGGCGGCCCUCAUUUCAAUCCUUCUCCGCCGCCGCCGUCCGCUGCGAGUCUUCUCCUCCAGCGCGCCGGCCGGAAUACAUCCCGAACCGAAUCCUCGAUCCCAACUAUGUUCGCAUUUUCGACACCACUCUCCGCGACGGCGAGCAGUCCCCCGGGGCCACCAUGACCACCAAGGAGAAGCUCGCGGUUGCCCGCCAGCUCGCCAGGCUCGGCGUCGACAUCAUUGAGGCCGGAUUUCCCGCUUCCUCCGAGGCAGACCUCGAGGCUGUUAGACUGAUUGCCGAGGAGGUCGGCCGUGGGGAGGGCGAUCACGUGCCCGUCAUAUGCGGCCUCGCCAGGUGCAAUAAGAGAGACAUAGACAAGGCCUGGGAGGCUGUAAAGCAUGCCAAGAAGCCCAGGAUCCACACCUUCAUCGCUACCAGUGAGAUCCACAUGAACUACAAGCUCAAAAUGUCCAGGGAACAAGUGGUGGAGAAGGCCACUAGCAUGGUUGCAUAUGCCAGGAGCCUGGGUUGCUCGGACGUCGAAUUUAGCCCUGAAGAUGCCGGCAGAUCUGACAGGGAGUUUCUUUAUCAAAUACUAGGAGAAGUUAUCAAAGCAGGAGCAACAACCCUUAAUAUCCCAGACACUGUUGGAUAUACCAUUCCCAAUGAAUUUGGACAGCUGAUUGCUGAUAUAAAAGCCAACACCCCUGGAAUUGAAAAUGUUAUCAUUUCAACACACUGCCAAAAUGAUCUAGGACUUUCAACUGCCAACACCUUAGCUGGAGCAUGUGCAGGUGCAAGACAGUUAGAAGUGACCAUCAAUGGCAUUGGUGAGAGAGCUGGAAAUGCUUCACUGGAGGAGGUUGUAAUGGCUUUGAAAUGUCGUGGCGAGCAAGUGUUAGGUGGCCUUUAUACAGGGAUAAAUACACAACAGAUUAUCAUGGCAAGCAAGAUGGUAGAGGAAUAUACUGGCCUACAUGUGCAGCCACAUAAGGCCAUUGUUGGGGCUAAUGCUUUUGCUCAUGAAAGUGGUAUUCAUCAGGACGGAAUGCUAAAGCACAAAGAUACAUAUGAGAUAAUAUCUCCAGAGGAUAUUGGGCUUUUCCGGGCUAAUGAAUCUGGUAUUGUCCUUGGAAAACUCAGUGGGCGCCAUGCUUUGCAAGCCAAAAUGCUGGAGCUAGGUUAUGAGAUUGAAGGAAAGGAAUUAGAGGACCUCUUUUGGCGUUUUAAAUCUGUUGCUGAAAGGAAAAAGAAAGUGACAGAUGAUGACCUAAUUGCACUAGUAUCAGAUGAAGUUUUCCAGCCACAAGUGUUUUGGAGACUUGGAGAUGUACAGGUAACUUGUGGCAGUCUUGGUCUUUCUACUGCGACUGUUAAGCUCAUUGAUGCUGACGGUGAAGAGCAUGUUGCUUGUUCUGUUGGAACUGGUCCUGUAGAUGCGGCUUAUAAGGCAGUUGAUCUAGUUACAAAGGUGCCUGUAACUCUCCUUGAGUACUCCAUGAAUGCAGUUACAGAAGGUAUUGAUGCCAUAGCCAGCACUAGAGUUUUGAUUCGCGAGGACCAAGCAUCAAUCCAUGGUUCAACCGGAGGGAGUGCAAACCGUUCAUUUAAUGGAACCGGAGCAGCUAUGGAUGUUGUAAUCUCCAGUGUUCGAGCAUAUGUUGGUGCAUUGAACAAGCUGUUAGGUUUCCAAAACCUAGUUUCAAGAUAUAACAAAACCCAAGGUACUGUUGUCAUCUAAGCAAAUUCCCAAGCUUGCAAACAAGAGGCAAUAAAUAUCAACUGUGGUGUUGUGGUGAAAAUAAAGACAAAACUGUCUUGUUAGGAGCAUAGCUACUAGCUAGCUAGCUAGCUGGGUGGCUGAGAUACUUUAUUUGAAUUUUUUUGGGGGUUACAAUUUAGUUGAAAGAUUUUGUUGUGUGCUUUACUUUUUUGGAUGGUAGACAAAGCAAGUAUACAAUCUUGGACAAGGGUUUGAAAUACGAUUCCAGUGAUCUUGCUCCCACCCGAUUUGUCUUCCAUAAUUAUCAACCCAAAUUCACUUCAUUUUUGAUUA